AUGUUGUUCCCUUCAGUGAAGUUGAUUGUUCUCGUGUCUGUAUUGGUUGCAGUUCUCUACGCAGAAUGCCCAAUGAUGAAGUGCCAUCCGUGUAACAGCGGGUUCCUCUACGACGAAAAAGGAUGCAGAACUUGCGAAUGCGUCGAUAGAUGCGAGAGAUUCGAGUGUCCACCUGGAAAAGUCUGCAAAGAGAUUGAGAUCAGAUGCAUCAGAGCCCCAUGCUACAACAUCGCCAGAUGCGCAUUAUUGUUUUGGAGAAAAUAUAUCGUGCUCUGUAAUGCGUUUUAUAGGAAUGUACUUGAGACAAACUUAAUAUGUCUCAUACUUGAAAUCACUCUUCAACAAAAUUCACAGCAACAAAAGGUUAGCGUAGGGAUUUGCCCAUUCUUGUCUUGCCUAAUACUCCAAUGCGCCCUCGUGUUUUAUAUCUGGUACCAACGCAUCAUCGCAGUUGAACCGGUCUCAUUGUGUAUGUGUUUUGUCUAUCUUAUGUGGGACCCCCUUUCUCCUAAUUCCCGAAAAACCGCGAGAUUAUCGAUAGGGACACACUUGCCCGAGUUACGUGAUGACUCGUUUAUUCGUUUUCAUUUGAAAUUUAAUGAGGCACUGAACAGAAAACAAUCAAAAUUAGCAUAA